GCUUGCUUCUUUAUUUUUACCAGAUUCGUGUAUUGAACGCGAAGCCGUGGAAUCGUUCAUUACUCAGCUUAUUGACUAUAUUGUGCGGUAUUGACGAAAUACAGUGUGGCAUCCAAGUUGAGUGAAGGGAAUGAAUGCGUAGUACGUCAUUAUCAGUUUAACAAAACAGCAACAGUUCAAGCGGUGAAACUUAACCCAGUGUUCGAAAGUGCGAUCGCUGGAAGUAGUGAUGUACCGAGGAUAGUGUUAGUGAUCGUGAUGAGUGACUGUUAAUGGGUUAAUGAGGCAGUAGAAAUCUACUGCUCGUGAUCUUUUGAGUUCAAAGUGCAGCUAAUAUUGCGAAGUGUUCAACACUCAUCGUUAUCCGUUAACAAUGCGUUGCAGCACCUCGGCGAUUUCAGCUGUUCUUCUACUAUGGACCAUUUCGGUGCAGCCUGGAUUAACUCAUCGUGUGCUGGGACUUUUCCCUCACCCUGGUUUAAGUCAUUUUAAGGUGUUUCAGCCAAUUAUGAGAGAGCUCGCACAGGUCGGUCAUCAGGUGGCGGUGGUCAGCUACUUUCCGAACCUGGACGAACCACAUCCCAACUAUACGGAUUACAUGUUCGAAGGGCAGGAUAUCUUGACGAACUCUUUGAGUUUGAAGCACUUCACUCAACGCAAAUUCUGGCACAAUUUCAAAGAAUUCUAUGAGUUGGCUCAGUGGGGAUACAUAACAUGCCAUUCUGCGCUCAAUUCGGCUGCAAUCGAUCGUGUUUUAGAACUGCACAAACGAGAACCGUUCGAUUUGAUCGUGACGGAAUUCUUCUCGACGGAGUGCAUGCUUGGUUUAAGCUAUGUGCUUGGAGUGCCUUUCGUGGGUCUCAGCAGUUGUGCCCUGAUGCCAUGGCACUACGACCGAGUCGGUUUGCCGGAUAGCCCCUCGUAUAUUCCAUCGGAGUUCAGUACCUUUUCGGAACGGAUGAGUUUUUGGGAGCGGUUUGAAAAUUGGUUUGUUACGAGGUCGGUGAAAUUAUUGUAUCGUGCUGUAGAGUGGAAUGAUAAUCGUUUGCUGGCAGCCAAGUUCGGUCAGGGGAUUCCAGAUGUUCGAGAUAUUGCUAGAAACACUAGUUUGAUACUGGUCAAUCAGCAUUACACUUUGAGUGGAGCUCGACCGUUGGUUCCGGCGGUGGUCGAGGUAGGUGGUGUUCACAUAAAGGCUCAGCAGCCCCUACCUGCGGAUAUUCAGGAGUUUUUAGAUGAAUCUUCUGAAGGAGUUAUAGUGAUAUCGUGGGGUUCUUGUAUAAAAGCAUCUACGUUACCUACGGUGAAGAGGGAUGCCAUUUUGAGCGCCUUACGCCGGUUGCCGUUGAAAAUUCUGUGGAAGUGGGAAGAUGACAAUAUAUCAGAUCUUCCGAAGAAUGUGGUUCUGAAGAAGUGGGUUCCGCAGCGCGAUGUGUUAUGUCAUCCGAACGUUCGUUUAUUUUUGGCACAUGGUGGAUUACUGGGCGUAUCGGAGGCAGUCCAUUGUGCGGUACCGGUAGUCAUAACGCCUAUUUAUGGCGAUCAGUUCCUAAAUGCAGCAGCUCUCGUGAAUCGUGGAAUGGGAGUGAUUAUGCAUUACGACAAAAUUGCCGCUGAGUAUGUUUACAGGAGUAUCCAGGAAGGUCUUCGGCCGGAAGCACGAGCGGCUGCCGAUGCAGUGUCGCAAGCCUAUCGCCAUAGAGCACAGACGUCUGUUGAACUAUCGGUUUGGUCUAUCGAGAAUGUGAUGAAAAAUGGACAGCGAAGACUGGACAAAUCAUACGGUAGCGAGCUGCCAAUUUACGUUUAUUACUCGUGGGAUGUUGUGCUGGUGUUUGGUUUGCUGGUUUUUGCUACCAUCAAGGCUUUUGUCAUCAUUUCUAGUCUAGUGCUAAAGGCGUGCAGUCGAUCGCUGAAAAGUGAUGGUAAAGUGAAAAGAUCGUGAACAUUGUAGAGCGGAUUAAUGUGUGGAAUAGGCAUAUGAAUAUAUUUUUAAUUUUUUUCUAUCACAUGCACUUUUGCAUAGUUGGUAAAGCCGUGACACUGCGGAGUUUCUCGGAACUUACUUUCAUUUCAACAGAUUUCGCAGCUAACAGUGUACAGGGCAAUUAAAGGGCACUACUACGAUCAUACUUACACUGAGAAUCUUUCCUGGUUGGGGCUAUUAAAACGACGACUGGUAUAUAGGAGCAGCACUAGGAGCAGAUCACUUGUGAUGCAUUUUGAAAAAUCAGCGAAAUUAAAUGCAUUUCUUUCCAGCAAAAAAAAAUUCAAAAUGUAUUUUGCGUUGCGUGUAAGACGUCAAAACCCUACAAAAAACUAGCCCUAUAUUCAACACAACGUCGAACAAAGUGGAUCAGCGUAGGACGAUUGUUAAACAAACUUUUAUACGUGGGAGUACAAAGUUGAUGCAAAGAUGGAAAUUAAAUGCAUUUUUUCUAAUUUGAUGCGAAUUUGAUAUACAUUCCUAGAGUGAUCUGCCCCUAAGAGCAGCACCUUAACUUUGUACUGCCACACUAGGGCAUUAUUAGUUAUUUUCCUAAUAUUCAGAAUUAUGACGAAUGCAUCUUUUCUAGCAAUUGUAAAAAGAAUACGAUUCUUAGGUCUAAUUGUAAUUUGUUUAUUGAGGGCUUAACCCGGGUGAUCAUUCGCCCGAUUCAUAUGUCUAUUUUACAUUAUGCUCUAUAUGUUGUAAGAUAAAUGAAUACCUCAAUACAAUAUAGCAAUUUUAAUAUAUGGGGCAGAAGAAAAAAAUCUACCUAGGAAUAGGUAGAAAGC